AUGACGCUGUCGGACGCGAAGAAGGCGAAGGGCGGCUUCCACGCCAGGGUCCAAGCCAUCAACGCGUGGCUCGCCGCGGCGCAGCCCGAUGUGCUCAUCCCCGAGUACUGCGCCGGCUGGGCCGUGCCCGGCGUCUACCUGCGGACCGACAAGGACGGCAAGCGGAAAGACGAGUGCAUGGCGGACUUCCCGGAGAAGCGGUGGAGCGGCGAGUGGUGGCGCUUCUGGCGGGAGCACAUCGAGCCGGUGAUCGCCGGCAAGGUUCCGGGACCCCCGCGCAAGUCGGUGUACCGGAAACUGUCCGAUCUGCGGGAGGGUCCGGCGCCGGCGCCCGAGAGUGCAGAUGCGGCAAGCGGCCGCAGAGCCAAGCGGCAGAAGCUGGGCCCGGCCGCGUCGGCAGGCGCGGCCGGCAGCCAUUCGGCAAGCGCAGCCGAGCCGCUCGUGGGCGCCGUGGUCCCGGAGCCGCUAGUCGCCGAGGCGGAGGGCUUGCGGCUGCACCUCUCGAGCAGCAGUGCCACCGGGUACAAGGGCGUGUCCAUAGAGCGCGGUGUGUAUGGCUCGCGCUUCCAGGCGAGGCACACGGUGGAUGGUAGACAGGUCCGCUUCGGCUCCUUCGGCACGGCGAUGGAGGCGGCGGUGGCGUAUGCGCGGGCGGUCGGGGAAUACACGCCAGCGCUGGCAGCCGAGCCAGCGGCUGUGGCUGCAGAAGCGGAGGUGGUUGCAGAAGCAGAGGGCUUGCGGCUGCACCUCUCCAGCAGCAGUGCCACCGGGUACAAGAACGUGUGCAACAAUGGCUCGCGCUUCCAGGCGAGGCGCUGGGUGGACGGUAGACAGGUCUGCUGCGGCUACUUCGGCACGGCGGUGGAGGCGGCGGUGGCGUAUGCGCGGGCGGUCGGGGAAUACCAGCCUCCGGCUCAUCCUUCUCCGGCGGUGGCUGCAGAAGCGGAAGGCUUGAGAUUGCACCUCUCCAGCAGCAGUCCCACCGGGUACAAGGGCGUGCAGCAGCGCCCCUCCGGCCGCUUCAAGGCGGGGCACAGGGUGGACGGGUCGAGCGGCGGCAUCGUCGACGUCGACUGCCCGUUGGACGCUCUCGUGGCGGCGGUGCUCGCUGGAGCCCCCCGCGCUGUGCAGGACCCUUGGGGCUGCCUUGGUUUGCAGCAGUUGACGGGCCGCGAGGCGAGCCGGAAGCGGUACCUGCAGCUGGUGCGGCGGCUCCACCCGGAUCGGUGCGGCCACCCGCGCGCCGGAGAGUGUUUCGCGCUCGUCGAGGAGGCGUGGCGAGCCAUCGAGGCGCGCGGGGAGGGCGGAAGGAGCGCCGGAUAG